AUGUAUGAUCCGGCCUCACCCAAUAAUUACCGCGAGGUUAAAAUCGCCUCGUGGAAACGCGCCAGAGAAGAAGAACAGGCAAAUGAUAUUUCACGUGCGUUAGCCGCCGCUCCCACUCCUGCGGCUGUUUCUAUGCUUACUACUACUAUUCCUACUAAUCCUUCUAUUAUUAUUAAUAAUAAUAAUAGUAUUAAUAAUAAUAUUAAUAAUAAUAUUAGUAUUGUUGGUGGUUCUUCUCCAUUGGAGCCGCUGCAACUCAGCGCGGAGGAACUCCACCAGCGCCGCGUACGGCAGAGCGCCGCGUUGGGCAUCACAACAGCAAUGAAGAUUGAACGCGAUGAACUCGAGGCCGCACACAAGGCAAAGGUCGCUACCGGCAUGGACCGUAAAGGACGCAUUGGACAGAAAUUAGGAAAGUUAAUGGAAGUCGCAUCCGCAAAGAAUAACAGUCAACAGACCAACAAUACUAAUAAUACUAAUAAUAACAAUAAUAGUAAUAAUAGUGGAACAGCAGAUGGGGGAUCACAACAUCCCCCGCCGCUUCCUCUUAGCAGCGCACCGUUAACAUUUCACAAAACAGACUUGGCGGCUGGCGGGUAUGUUGUUAAGGAAGACACUAGCGCUCUAGAGAAGAAGAAGAUCGUGCAGGGAAAACCAAGUUCGACUAUUCUGAUUCGUUUUAUACGUGAUGGACCACCACCAGAAGUCUUCGCCGAAGAUAAUAACAAUGAUAAUAGUAAUAAUAACAAUACUACUGUUAGUAGUAAUAGUGCAGUAGCGGUUCGAAAUGCUUUUCUUGAGAGCAUUCAAGAACAGUGUGGACGUUGUGGUGUCGUGCGAUCCAUUCGUUAUGCAGUCUUGAGUGAUGAUGAACGAGCGGCGGUGCGAUCUCGCUUGUCUGCAAGUACUAAUAAUAAUAAUAAUAAUAAUAAUAAUAAUAAUAAUAAUAAUAAUAAUAAUAAUAAUAAUAAUAAUAAUACUAGUAGUAGUAUUAGUGGUGGUGGUAGUGUAAGUGAUGAUGUAGAGACACGUCUAGCUCGAGAGGCCAUUCGUAUAUUUGUUCGAUUUGAUAGUGUUGCGAAUGCCUUUAAAGCACUGGAGGUAUUGCAGCAGAAGUGUGUUCAGUGGGAUGUUUGUUUCUUUCCCACUCAAUUGUUUGAUGCUGGAUCGCUGGGACCGGCAGAGGGUGAACCGUUAUGUGCUGUUUAA